AUGGAGCGUAUCAUGGUGAGAGUGGACUUGCCUCAUAAACCUGAGGGCAAGAAGAUAUGCAAACACUAUGUCCAAAGGGGGCUAGGUUUAGAAUGCUCUCUAGAUGAUAACCAUGUGCCAGAAACAACAGAGAAUGGGCCCUUGAUUGUUUGUAUUACUCGACUAGUUGCUCAAAAAGGUCUUCAUUUGAUUACUCAUGCAAUUAAGCAUACUGAAGAACUUGGUGGACAGAUGAUUGUGUUGGGAAAAGCUUCUGAUGGUCGCAUUCAGAGGGAAUUUGAAGAGCUUGCAAAUUUGCAUAAUCAAGGUUCAAGUAUCCGGAUCUUACUGAUGUAUAGUGAGGAGCUAUCCCACAUGCUCUAUGCUGCAGCAGACAUGGUGUUAGUUCCAUCCAUAUAUGAACCAUGUGGCCUUGCCCAAAUGAUUGGAAUGCAUUAUGGAGCGGUCCCAGUUGUUAGAAAAACCGGUGGUCUUGCAGACACUGUCUUUGACAUGGAUGACUUGUCAAACCAUGAGAUGGCCAAUGGGUUUGUCUUUGAAGGAAUAGAGGAAGGAUCCUUAAAUUCGGCUCUAGACAGGGCAUUUAGAUACUACAGAGACAAACCAGAUGAAUGGAACAGUACUGUGCAGAAGGUUAUGGAAAUUGACAAUAGCUGGAACAACACAGCUGGGAAAUAUGUCAAGAUAUACAACUCUGUCAGAGUGGUGUGCUAAUAUAAAUCCUAAGUGGAUAUACUAGAACAUCGAGAUACAUGCACCAAACUUCCCAGUGGAUGCAAAACCUAAUUUCAAAUAAAAGCAUCUGAUAUGCUACUGUUAAGGAACCUUGGGAUGCAGCCAUGGUCCAAGUUUGAUGCCCUGGAAUCUAGAAGUUUAUCUUUUGGGUAGACAGCAGAGUUGCACGUCGAGAAUGGUGGGAACAACACCAAUAUUAGUACCUUGUGUUAUUCCAGCUGUAUAUAUGUUACUGUACUGUAGAGUACAUGAGAAUAUUUAUCUCAUUAUGUAUUUAACAUACUUUGCUUGACCAAGCAAGUAUCUGGACCUUCCAACAAACUAGUGGUGUUGCAAUAACGAUAAGGCUCAUUUGAUAACAUCACAAGGCUUCAUUCCAAGCAAAUAUAAAGAGUUUUUCGAGUGUUUGUGAUUUA